UCAGGUACAGCUUGUCAGCGAGAGCUUGACAAACUAGCAAGAAGCGGAAUGGAAUUGUGCGAUUCGGCUUAUUAGACGAUUGUGUUUAAAGGCUUUUGUCACGUCUAUCGAUCGAUAUUUGGAUUCGAAUGAUGGAUUGCACAUCGACUUACUAGUACAAAAGCUAAUUCGUAAGAUCGGAAAUGAACGAGAAUUCGACUGGGCGAGGCUUCGAAUUGUAUGGCGACUUAUUUGACUUUUUGCCGAAUUCUACUUACUCAACGAAUUCUACAGACAACAGAGAAGCUGAUUUGGCGCUUGUUAAAUUAUUAUUGUUAUUCUUUCCUGCUUUUACCAUAUUUGGAAACGUGCUAGUGGUUUUAAGCGUCUACAGGGAACGCCAAUUAAGGACGGCGACAAACUACUUUAUAGUCUCUCUAGCCAUUGCCGAUAUUGUCGUUGCCAUGUGUGUAAUGCCGCUUGCUGUUUACGUUGAGGUGAAUAACAACAAGUGGCAGUUGGGUGACAUACUCUGUGACGCUUGGGUUGCCACGGACGUAAUGGGUUGUACGGCGUCGAUUCUCAAUUUGACUGCAAUAUCUGUUGAUCGAUUCAUCGCCGUCACUCAGCCUAUCAAGUACGCCAGACACAAAUCUUCUGGCAGAGUUAAAGGGAUGUUAAUAUUAGUUUGGAUAGUAUCAAUAGCUAUUAGUCUUCCAAUCGCUUGCGGCAUGAAUUAUACAAAUGCAAGAAAGGAGACGCCUGAAAACUGCAUUUUUUACAAUUCCGAUUUUCUUAUCUAUUCGUCCAUGGGUAGUUUUUAUAUUCCCUGCAUAAUAAUGAUAAUACUAUACUGGCGAAUAUUUCGGGUUAUACGUCUUCGAGCUCAGAAACAACGCCGUAAUCAUAGGACACCUAAAAUUAUAGAAAAUAAACCCGAGACACACUCUCUUAAAAGGUUCGAUGGAACAGAUGCAACGACAGAUGGCGCCGUUCCGCAUACUGACGGUACCUUAUCGGCUCCCAGCGAAGAAACGGACGAUAGGAAGAAGUCAGGGGGUUAUUCGGCACCAGCUAUUAUUGAGGUGGUAGAAAGCAAUGUGGAACCUAUUAGAGAAGAAAGUAACGGGAAGAGCGUUACUAAAUUUAACUUCCAUUUACGUAAUAGUAAGAAGAGAAAGAAAGAUAAAACAGCAAAUAAACGGGAGAAAAAAGCAACUAAAACUCUAGCCAUUGUCUUAGGUGUAUUCUUAUUCUGCUGGGUACCAUUUUUUACAAUAAAUAUUAUGAAUGCCAUUUGUAUUCGUUACAAUUUAUUCCACUCCCAUCCUGCCUGCAAUAUCGACGAAAUGCUGUUCAGCUUCUUCGUUUGGCUUGGAUACAUAAAUAGUUUUUUAAAUCCUAUAAUAUAUACAAUAUUCAAUGUGGAAUUUCGAAGAGCUUUUAAAAGGCUACUGUUUGGCUGCGGAGAAAGUUGAGAUAAACUUGCUAAGUACCUCUCAGAGCUUGUUUUAAAAAGAUUCUAUUCUUCUCUCUCUCUCUCUCUCUCUCUUCUAUACAUACUGUACAUCUCUUGCAUUGCUAUAUUUUGUGAUAUUAUACGGGAUUGUCGUAAAUUAUUUAUGCGUUAUGGAUGGGAGUAAAUUAUUUUGUAUUCAUAGAUAAAAUUUUACUUGAUUUAACCCUCCAUUUAUCACUUUUGAAAAAAAAAUUCAUUUUUUUGCUAUUUUUACUUGAUCUUUAAAAAGAAUUCUUUAUCGUUCAUUCAUCCAUCCAUCCAUCCAUCAAUCCAUCAUCCGUUCAUUUUUUUUUUCUCAUUUCUCUUAUUAAAAAAGUUAUGCAUUCACAAGAGAAAAGAAUUGAAUAAUAAGAUGAAAAAAAAGGCAGACAAGAGCAAUUUAUCACAAUUUUGUUUAUUUUAUAUAUAAGUGUAUAAAUAGGAAAAAGAAGAUAUUUCUAUAUUUUUAGUUAAACAUAUUUUCUUUAAACUGAUAUACAUAUAUAUCAUUUUGUGAUUAUAGUUUGUUAAGGACUUCAAAACUCGACACCUUGAAAGGGGAAAAGCAUAUAAAUCUAAUAAAUUUUAUCUGUGAACUAUACACUUCCAACCAUUAUAUGUAACGUUAUUUUUAUAUGGAAAACAUUUCAAUAACAUUACCAAGUGAGGAGCCAUCAUGCUGAAAAUUUGUUUAUAAAUAAUAAAUUGAUAAAAAAAAUUUAUAUUAAGUAUAAACAAAAAAAAUGAUACUAAUAAAUAUAAUGUAAACAAUUUCAUAUAUGAAUAUUAAUAUAUCUAUCUAUAUAUAUAAUGUUCCUUUUAUAUUGUCUUUUAACAAUAAAAUGAGUGUAAUUCUUUUCCUCCUCUCUCCUUCCCCUCCGCCCACCUUCUUGUGUAAAAAGCCAUCAGUACCUAGCCAUAUACUCGAUAUUAAAUAUGUCUCUUCUCUUCUUCUGUUUAAAGAAAAAGAGAAGAUACCAAAUCUUCUUUUUCUUCUCUUUUCAUAUUUUUAUUUUCUAAAAUCGUGUGAUGAAAUGAUUGAUUGAUUGAUUAAUUAAUU